AUGCUCCCGGAGCCUACGCUGACGUUUACGCUGCCGAGUCUUUACGACGGCCUCGCUCUCAAUUGCCGCGUCUACCACCCCCACUCGCUCUCGCCAUCGCCCCACGCGCUACCAUGGCAAAAGCACGUCGCCAUCGUUGCCCAUCCCUAUGCGCCCCUUGGCGGUUGUUACGAUGACCCUGUCGUCGACAUGGUCGCUGCUACAUUGCUCCGCCUCGGGUUCCUCGUCGGGACCUUCAAUUUCAGAGGCGCGCAUGGUUCGGCCGGCCGAACGUCAUGGACAGCCAAGGCCGAGAAGGCUGACUAUAUGUCCAUGAUUGGGUUCAUGUCAUACUACGUCCACUUCCUCGAUCCAUUCCGCCAGGUCAGCUCGCCUCCGGCCGAGGCGCCUGGAGUAUCUGAAGUCCAGAUCCGAACAACUCCAGCCAGCCCAACCCUAUCGAGUCCUUCUGUCCCAAGUCCCUCUGUAGCGACAACACCGGUCCUCCUGCUGGGGGGUUACUCAUACGGCGCCAUGAUUACCUCUCAGCUCCCUCCUGUCGAGUCGAUCCUAGCUCCGUUCGAAACCCCAAAAUUCGGUUGCCCCGCUGCUGAGAUUAGACUGCGCGCAGAACACUUGGCAGGUAUGCAGAACACAGUGCUGGCCAGUGCAAGGAUUGCUGGGCUUGAUCGUCUUGGUGAACGCUCUCCGCGAAAGUCACUUGGGCUACGUAUUGGCGGCGACGAAGAGAACCGCAAGAGUCACGACUCACGUCGGUCCUUUUCUCUCGACCCGGAGGACAAGAUCUGCAAAGGUGUGGCGGAAUUGAUGGCAAAAGCAAAGAAUAAACGCAAACGCCUAGUGAGCGGAACGCGCGGGGCCCGACAAUGCUUACUCGCAGUGGCAGGCAGGGUAAAACACCAGCCGGCCUACCUGCUCAUCUCGCCUCUGCAAGGAGUUAUCACGAACCUCGCUACUAUGUCGUUCCCCGUUCCCUUUUCGGGCGUCUCCAGAAGAGCGUCAACUUGGGGCCCUGGCAGGUCUGCAAGGACAAAUCCUCCGCAAGACGACGCAAAGCGUAACACUCUUGUCGGAGUGCCGCUGCCGGACGCCGAAGAUAAGCUGGUCUCAAACCCUACUCUUGCUAUCUAUGGGGACAACGAUGUCUUUGUUGCGGCUCGCAAGCUACGGGAGUGGUCUUUCCGUUUACAGCAUGUGCCUGAUUCGAAAUUCCGGGCCCACGAAGUGUCCAGUGCCGGCCAUUUCUGGAUUCAAGGUAAUGUAGCCCCAAUCAUGCGAGAUGCAGUCAAGACAUUUGCUGGAGGCGUGCUUCACGGCGAGUUAUGA